AUGACGUUUGAGGAUUAUUUUUCUUUCCAGAUAUUUUUCAUUUUCUUGAGGGAAUCCCUGGAAAUUGUUGUCAUCGUUUCGAUUUUAUUGACGAUUGUCAAACAAGGUCUUUCUGUUGAAGAGGACAAUCCGGUUGAUGAAAACUCUUCUACAGACCUUCCAACUCCUAAUACAAAUGCGAAUGCAGACUCGACUACUGCUUUCUUACAAGCUGGGCCUUCAGAUGUUAAUGCUAUGGGAACGCCCUCUACGACUGAUAAUAAACUGAGACCACUGAAUGUGGAAGAAGAAGAAGAAAUUUACGAGUACUCUAACGAGCUUAGAGAUCAGGAUCGCGAGCCUGAUGAACAUACUGCUGAUAAUGUUAAACUGUACCAAAAAUUAAAGAUACAAAUUCUUGCGGGCGGCGCAUUUGGUUUAUUAUUGUGUAUGCUAAUCGGAGGUGCAUUUGUAAGUAUCUUUUACCAUAUCGGUACUGAUUUAUGGACCUUGAGCGAACACUAUUAUGAAGGCGUGUUAAGUCUUGUUGCAUCUGUCAUCAUUUCUGUAAUGGGGUUGUUUUUCUUAAGAAUGGGGAAAUUGAGGGAGAAAUUUAGAGUGAAGCUAGCGUCUAUUAUUUAUUCAAAGGACAACAACUUGUUAGGUAACAAGGCUAGAAAAGGUGUAAAAUUCAGUGAAAAGUACUCAUUCUUUAUAUUGCCUUUCAUUACGACUUUGAGGGAAGGCUUGGAAGCUGUUGUUUUUAUUGGGGGUAUCGGUAUCGAUCAACCACUAUCAUCGAUCCCUCUCUCUAUGAUUCUUGCUACAGCAAUUAGUACGGUGUUUGGUGUUUUUUUCUUCAGAUACUCUAGUUCUCUAUCACUCAAGAUAUGUCUUGUAGUCGCCACCUGCUUCCUUUACUUGAUUGCAGCUGGUUUGUUUUCUAAGGGCGUCUGGCAACUCGAAUUACAAGACUACGUUAACAAAUGUAACGGUCAAGACAUGAGUGAAGUAGGUAAUGGUCCCGGUUCGUACGAUAUUUCACGUUCUGUUUGGCAUGUGAAUUGUUGCAAUGGUGAAAAAGAUGGAGGUUGGAUGAUUUUCACUGCCAUUUUUGGCUGGACCAAUAGUGCUACUGUUGGUUCCGUAAUCAGCUACAAUGCCUACUGGUUAGUGUUAAUAUGUGCCUUGAAGCUAUUGAUGAUAGAGGAAGAAUACGGCUACGUUCCAUAUAUUCCUAUCAGCUGGCAAAAGAAACGCAUUAUGAAAAGAUUGAACAUAGCAAAGGCCUCACUAGAUCUUAAACACCAUACCUCAGAACUCAACUCUAGCUCCUCAGAACCGGGAAGCCAAAGGCUGUCCAAGGAUAGUUCGGUGCCCUUAAUAAUUGAUAGUGGAGUCUCAGCUAGCUGA